AUGAUGUGCCUGGAAGGCGGCUCGGCGGCGGGCAGCGGCGGGGCAGCGGGCUGCGUGGAGGAAGAGGAGGAGGACGCAGCGGUGGCGGUGGCGGUGGCUGCGGCGGCGGCGGCCGGGCCGGAUCCGGAGCAGCAUCGGCGCGGCCGGGGCCGGGGCUGGCCCGGCGGGGGGCCGAACCGGGGCCGGCGCUGCGGCGGGGCCGGGGCCGGCUGCUGGCCCCACGACGAGGUGCAGACGCUGUCCGGAAGCGUGCAGCGGGCGCCCCCGGGGCCCGGACCCACCGCCGUCCGCGCCUGCCCCGAGGUCGGGGCUCCGACGGCCACCAAGGGCCCGGCCCCGGGCGGCCCGCAGCCCAAGCCGGGGGCCCGCCUGGGCCGUGCGCGAGUGGCGGCCGCCGCCAUCCUCAGCGUGGGCAACGUCCUCAACUACCUGGACAGGUACACCGUGGCAGGCGUCCUUCUGGACAUCCAGCAGCACUUCGGAGUCAAGGACCGUGGGGCUGGCUUGCUACAGUCAGUGUUCAUCUGUAGCUUUAUGGUGGCAGCCCCCAUCUUUGGGUACCUGGGCGACCGCUUCAACAGGAAGGUCAUCCUAAGCUGCGGCAUCUUCUUCUGGUCGGCAGUCACUUUCUCGAGCUCCUUCAUCACACAGCAGUAUUUCUGGCUGCUGGUCCUGUCCAGAGGCUUGGUGGGCAUUGGAGAAGCCAGCUACUCCACCAUCGCACCCACCAUCAUCGGCGACCUCUUCAACAAGAACACGCGCACACUCAUGCUGUCCGUUUUCUACUUUGCCAUCCCCCUGGGGAGUGGCCUGGGCUACAUCACUGGGUCAAGUGUGAAGCAGGUGGCCGGAGACUGGCAUUGGGCCCUGAGGGUGUCUCCUGUCAUGGGGAUGAUCACCGGGACACUCAUCCUCCUCUUCGUCCCGGCUGCAAGGAGAGGGCACGUGGAGCAGCUCGGGGGGCAGCUGAAGGCCCACACCUCCUGGCUCCGGGACAUGAGAGCGCUGAUCCGGAAUCGCAGCUAUGUCUUCUCCUCGCUGGCCACCUCUGCCGUCUCCUUUGCCACCGGAGCCCUGGGCAUGUGGAUCCCCCUGUACUUACACCGGGCCCAGGUUGUGCAAAAGACCACAGAGACCUGCAGUAACCAGCCCUGCGAGACCCGGGACAGCCUCAUCUUCGGUGCCAUCACGUGCUUCACCGGUUUCCUGGGGGUGAUCACAGGGGCUGGAGCCACCAAAUGGUGCCGCCUGAAGACGCAGCGGGCAGACCCCCUGGUGUGCGCGGUGGGCAUGCUGGGGUCGGCCAUCUUCAUCUGCCUCAUCUUCGUGGCAGCCAAGACCAGCAUCCUGGGCGCCUACAUUUGCAUCUUCAUUGGUGAGACCCUGCUUUUCUCCAACUGGGCCAUCACAGCAGACAUCCUGAUGUACGUGGUCAUCCCCACUCGCCGAGCGACCGCCGUGGCUCUCCAGAGUUUCACCUCUCACCUGCUGGGAGAUGCGGGCAGCCCCUAUCUCGUUGGCUUCAUCUCUGACCUGAUCCGACAGAGCACCCGGGAGUCCCCGCUCUGGGAGUUCCUCAGCCUGGGCUAUGCUCUCAUGCUCUGCCCCUUCGUGGUGGUCCUGGGGGGAAUGUUCUUUCUCGCCACUGCCCUCUUCUUCCUCAGCGACCGGGCCAAAGCUGAGCAGCAGGUGAAUCAGCUGAUGAUGCCCCCAGCGUCUGUGAAAGUCUGAACAGGGUGUCCUGGGAGCAAGAAACGAUGAGCGCUCUGGGGCCUGGAGCAGCUGCCGUGGCCCUGCCCUGGCCAAAAGAGGAGGUGGAGUGGUUUCAGCGGGCAGGGCAGGGGGCCAGGAUCGAGCCUGCUUUGGUCUAAGGUCCCAGCUCCCCUGCCUGCGAUCCCAAAGGCAGGAAGGCAGUCAGGUGGAGGAACAGGCCAACAGAAGUUAGCCACGCAGGGCAGUGUGACAGGCGCAGGACAGGGUGACCCGUGGCUGCCUCACCCCGUGGCUCUGGGCCUCAGACACGUUUGCCAAGACAUUCAGAGAUGGGAUGCUUUCAGUGGAAAGCGCCCCCCCCCCCCCGCCCCAGGACUUUGUGGCAGGAGAUGCUGCUGACAGAGACACAUGGAGGGGUCCCCCCAUGGACACACUUCACAUGCUACAUAGGUCCACGUAUGUGGCCUGUAGAUGCAGCGCUGGCUUUCCAGAGAAGCCGGCCAGCUGAGGAGCAUCGGUCACUUCAGACAAACCUGCCUAGGCCAGCCUGGCGCCGUGGCUGCUGACCCCCAGCCCUGGCAGUCCCAGGAAGCUGCUAUCCCCCGGGUCCACGUGGAUGACUUUGUUUUCCAGCAUUUCCAAAGGAGUGGACUAGGAGGAACUGGGGCGGGGGGGGGCACGGGCCGAAUCUGGAGCUGCUCCGGGCUUCUCCCUGCCCCUCCCCCGUCCCUGCUUCGUCUCCCGGCUCCUUGGCCCGGAUCCGAAGGACCUCAUGGGAUCUCCUCUCACAUCCCAGCUCCAGGGAGGUGGAAACAGAGGCCCGUGUUGGGAAGCCUCCUUGUCCCAUGCCCCAUGACUGGUUGGUGCCGGCUCCGAGACCAGGGUCCGGGUCUCCCGCUUGGGAAGUAGGCAGCAUGCCCGCUGCCCUUCUGGGGCACUUAGCAGGCAGGAGCAAGGUGGGCAGGCGUCACCAGGGAGGAGCUGAUGGGAGCGGAACCCUGCCCAGGGAGCCAAGGCCACCCCCACACCCCCGUGCCCGCCUUGGAGAUGGCAAGCCGGCAGGCGGGCGAGGACCGUGCGCUGCGAGCCCGGCCGGGUGUCCUGCCCGGCCCGGGGAGGGCCGCCUUCCUCCCCUCACGCCACUUCCCAGCAGAGGAAUUUCCCAAAUUUCGGUCACUUUCGGGAAUUGAAGCUGAGCUUUGCCAGGGGGUCAGGGUCCCUUCUGGCCUGGUCUCCAACGCCCCAGCUUGUCUCCACACUAGUGGAGGUUUUGGGCCCUGGCUGGGUCAGCUGGAUCGAGAAGACGGCCCGCUCUGAGCAGGGCCAGGAUUUCUCGGUUGUGGGAUUGACCCUGACCCUUGAGAGAGACACCCAGGCAACAGGACGCAGCCUCCAGAGUAGGGGGCCAGCAGUCAGCCAGCGAGCCUUCAGUGAGCUCCUCCUGUGUGCCUGCUGCUGUGCUGGGGGAAGGGGGGAGGGGCUGCAGCCUAGUGGGGAGCCCUCUUUCCCCAGGGCCAGGACGUGCGGCUGAGUAGCACCCCCCAUUCCUGGCCUCUCUCUGGCCCUGGGACCAGCACAUCUCAAGCUCAGUGCCCAUCCAGGGAACCUCCUCACUUUCUGUCUUGUUUCCCGGCAGGGUGGGGAGGGCACGAGGGGGCAGCCACAGCCGAAUGGGAUGGCCUGGCUUAGCAGUGACCUUUCCUUUUGCCAUCUCCCCCAACGGACGCUUUGUCCUUUUGGCAGCAGGUAGGGUGGGGAGGCCCCCCGAGACACCACAUGUUCCCAUCCAGAGCAGCCAGGAAGGAGGGGAGAUGCCCCCCGCAGUCAGUGAUGGAGCACUGUCCCCCUCUGCCAGCAUCACCCCCCCCACCCCCUCGUGAGCUCCCUGGAACCAAAGCUAGUGAGCCAGGUAGAGACAGCACACCCACACUGCUUCCUGGACUCUGCCCGGGAGUGUGUCUGUCCCACAACACCUACGCUCGUUUACUUGGAAGGUCACACCUGCAUCUCUGAGGGAGGGGCCACCCCACCUUGGCAGGGUCCCUGGGGAGGCUGCGGAUGUGAAGGACCUCCCAUCAUGCUUCUAAUACCCAGAGUUUGGUUUUUUUGGGGAGUGGGAAAGACACAGACACCCAUCCCAGGGCUGCCGCACCCUGGCCCCAGAGGCUUCAGGCCUCCUGUCCCCUGCAGCAGGGGCAGCCUCGCGAGGACAGCGGCUGGAUCCCUUCUGUGGCCCAAUCUGGGGGGCGACCCCAGGGUUUGCUGGUCCCAAACGGAUGGGAAACAGCCCCGCACCUCCACUGGGCCUCAAACCCCGCGGGAGGAGCAGGCAGGACAUGCAGCCAGGGGGCCCCGGGCAGUGGCAGGACAGGCCUCCCAGCCAGCCUUGGCCAUGGGCGCCCACAGGGCCAAGCUUUCUUGUCGUACAAGAACCCGGAUUCAAGGUUUCCUGACUUCUUUCAGGGAGCAGAAUGGCUGUCCGAUUUUCUAGAGCAGCCAGGACUGUGAAUUGAUCUCAGAGGAUGAAAGCAAAGUUGACCAGCGACCUUUAUGUAAAUUAAUAAACCUAUUUAAGGCCA